GCCGGGUGGGUGGCGCAGCGCCGUGCCCGUGUCUCUGCCGGCCGCCGGGGCAGGAGGAGCCGCGGGGCUCCCCAUGAAGCGGCGGAUGAUGAACAAGCUGUACAUCGGAAAUCUCAGCCCUGCCGCCACAGCCGACGACCUCAAGCAGCUUUUCGGGGACAGGAAGCUGCCUCUGGCCGGCCAGGUCCUGCUCAAGUCCGGCUACGCCUUCGUGGAUUACCCGGACCAGAACUGGGCCAUCCGGGCCAUCGAGACCCUCUCGGGUAAAGUGGAGCUGCAUGGCAAAGUCAUGGAGGUGGAUUACUCGGUGCCCAAAAAGCUGAGGAGCAGAAAGAUCCAAAUCCGGAAUAUUCCCCCCCACCUGCAGUGGGAGGUACUGGAUGGCCUAUUAGCUCAGUAUGGGACUGUGGACAAUGUAGAGCAAGUCAACACAGAUACAGAAACAGCAGUUGUCAACGUAACAUAUGCAACUAAAGAAGAAGCAAAAGUAGCAAUUGAGAAGCUCAGCGGCCACCAGUUUGAGAAUUAUUCCUUCAAGAUUUCCUACAUCCCGGAUGAAGAGGUGAGCUCCCCUCCGCCCCCUCAGCGAUCCCGCCGCGGGGGCCACUCUUCCAGGGAGCAGGGCUCCUCCCCGGGGGGCUCCUCACAGCCCAAACAGCUCGAUUUCCCACUGCGGAUGCUGGUGCCCACGCAGUUUGUUGGUGCGAUCAUAGGAAAGGAGGGCUUGACCAUAAAGAACCUUACUAAGCAAACCCAGUCCAAGGUUGACAUCCAUCGAAAAGAGAAUGCUGGUGCAGCUGAAAAGCCCAUCACCAUCCAUGCCACACCGGAAGGGUGUUCCGAAGCAUGUCGCAUGAUACUUGAUAUCAUGCAGAAGGAGGCUGACGAAACUAAAUCAGCAGAAGAGAUUCCCUUGAAAAUCCUAGCACACAACAGUCUGGUUGGGAGACUGAUUGGCAAGGAGGGCCGAAACCUCAAGAAGAUUGAGCAAGACACCGGAACGAAGAUCACAAUCUCUCCUUUGCAGGAUUUAACCAUUUAUAACCCUGAGCGGACCAUCACGGUGAAGGGCAGCACGGAAGCGUGUUCAAAUGCAGAAGUGGAGAUCAUGAAAAAGUUGCGAGAGGCCUAUGAGAACGAUGUUGUGGCCGUCAAUCAACAAGCCAAUCUGAUUCCAGGAUUGAACCUCAGUGCUUUGGGGAUCUUCUCGACAGGGCUGUCCAUGCUCCCAUCAGCCACGGGGGCCCGAGGUGCUGCUGCUGCCACCCCUUACCACCCAUUUGCAAGCUCCUCAGCAUACCUCUCAGGUCUAUAUGGAGCCUCCCCAGUUGGCGCAUUCCCACAUCAGCACCUCCUCCCGGAGCAGGAGGUUGUGAAUUUGUUCAUCCCAACACAAGCAGUGGGGGCCAUCAUUGGGAAGAAGGGUCAACACAUUAAACAGCUUGCGAGAUUUGCUGGGGCUUCCAUCAAGAUCGCGCCAGCAGAAGGCCCUGAGGCCAGCGAGCGGAUGGUUGUCAUCACAGGGCCGCCUGAGGCUCAGUUCAAGGCCCAAGGGCGGAUAUUUGGGAAACUGAAAGAAGAAAACUUUUUUAACCCGAAGGAAGAGGUGAAGCUUGAAGCCCACAUCAAGGUGCCUUCCUUUGCAGCUGGCCGUGUGAUAGGCAAAGGUGGCAAAACGGUGAAUGAACUGCAAAAUUUAACUAGUGCAGAAGUCAUUGUGCCACGAGACCAAACCCCAGAUGAGAACGAGGAGGUCAUCGUUAAAAUCAUUGGUCAUUUCUUUGCCAGUCAGACCGCACAGCGCAAGAUCAGGGAGAUCGUACAGCAGGUGAAGCAGCAGGAGCAGAAACAUGCUCAGGGAGCCCCGGCCUCGCAACACAGCAAGUGAGGCUCCCGCCGGGCCAGCCAGCAACACCCGAUGAAUGUAAGCCUGCCCACGCCUGACACAACAGCCGAUCAGGGGAGCAAACCAAAGACUGUCCUGAGGCACGAAAGUCUGCCCAUGGCUGGGGCCCUGCAGAGGACAGAUGGACGGACGGAUGGACGGCGGCCGGGGAAGGGAAAGGUUUCCCACCCGUUCACCCUGAAGGUGCCGCAGUGCUGGGCUGCUUGCCCCAGGGCGCUGCAGACUCUGUCAAUCCCCCAGCCGCCACCUUACUCUAUUUACUACCGACGCUAUCCCUUUAGUUGGACUAACAUAGGCAGAGAUUUUUUUUUUUUAAUCAACCCCUUGACACCUUUUUGGAACUGUUCUUUGUACCUGCGUGUAGGUAACUAGAGGAGGAGAUUUUACAGCAUGGGGACUGCAGUGCCCCAUGCAGCAUUCGCAGCGUUAAUAUAUUUUAGAAUUAAUAUAUCAAUAACAAAACUAACGCCGAUUUUUAAUUUUUUAAAGAUUAAUUUUUUUUCAAAUGGGGGGUGGUUGGGAUUUUGGGGAAGGGGAUGUUUGUUUUUAGAAAAAAAAACAGGCUUUUCUACACUUUUAAGGAAAGACGCUAGUCCAUUCAUUCUCUGAUGCACAGUACACCAGAGAUUUAGGAUUGCCAGCAGAAAAAAAACAAAUUGAGCAAGUGUUAAAAAGUGGCAAUUUCUUAAGGGCUUUGAAAAGAGCAACACCAACAGUGCACCAUGGGGAUUGCCUGUAAGCCAACAGAAGGGAUACCGUCUCUUUUAAGAGGAAUCUCUCUUUCUCUCACUUUUUUCCAUGCCCUUUCCUCUUAGCUUCACAGAGUCCAAACUGGGCUUUUGCAUCUGCUCCGUUGCCCCACUCUGUCUGUCUGUCUGUCUGUCUCUCUCCCUCACCACCGGACAAAGUCGUGCUCUCGCUACAACCCUGCGGAAAGUGAACGACAGAGCCGCCCAGCCACAUCUUUUCUGCUUUGGUUCUCAGCCAGCACUUUUUUUGUGAAAAAAAAAACAAACAAAAAAACCCCCAAAACAGCAAACACACACACAAACAAAUAAAAAGGUGUCCUUGCCCUCACCCAAACCAGGGAGGGCCCUGUCUUGCCCGGCCAAGGGGCUGCCCCUAGGCAUUUGCUGUUUGGGGAAGGAUCCCUUUUUAAACAUUGCGGGGAGAGAAGGGAGAAAGGGGAGGGAGUAACGGAUUUACAAGAGGUUGCUGGCCUAGGGCUUGAAAAACUAGCAGAAUUUUUUUUGAGAGAGAGAGAAAAAAAAGAAAAAAACAACCCCACACACGUACACACACAAAAACUACCUCAGGUUUUCGUACCUCAGCACCUUGCGCUUGUGUUUCCCUUUUAGAGAUUUUGUAUGCCUUGUAAAACUGAUAGUUGAAGCAUUUUUUUAUUUUUUUAAUAAAAACAAGUUGGAAAACUAUCUAGACCAAGUCAGCUGCGAGGCGGGAGAAGGAAACCAUCCCACGUGUCCAAGAGCUCUUCUGUAGUCUCCUUCUGCUAGCUGAGAGCCAGUGGCCAUUCCUUCGGAGGAAAGCUUGAGAAAUGUUUAAAAAAAGAAAAAAAAAACACAUACAAAAAAAAAAGUUUUUUAAAAAAAAAAGAAGAAAAAGAACAACAAAAGCAAUGAAAACCAACCGGCAGACCGGAGCAGACCACCUGAGCCCUGCUGUGGCACGCACUGACCGAGGUUUCUGUGCUGAAGGCCGAAUGCAUCCUGGGUUACGUGACCAUACCAACAUUGUAAGGACAGACUGCAACGCCAGUUUUUUCUCUACUGCAAACAGUGUUCUGUGAAAAACCACCACCACCACAAAAAAAAAAAAUAUAUAUAUCCAGCUAAC